CUCUAAUUGGUCGAGUUCCCGCAGAGUGCCCGGAGACCCAGGCCGGUGGGUCCGCGCACCGCGCUCCCGCACGCGUGAUGGCGGUCCUCGGAGUGCAGCUGGUGGUGACCCUGCUCACCGCCACCCUCAUGCACAGGCUGGCACCACACUGCUCCUUCGCGCGGUGGCUGCUCUGCAAUGGCAGUCUGUUCCGAUACAAGCACCCAUCUGAGGAGGAGCUCCGGGCCCUGGCAGGGAAGCCGAGGCCCAGAGGCAGGAAGGAGCGAUGGGCCGAUGGCCUUAGUGAGGAGAAGCCACUGUCUGUGCCCCGAGAUGCCCCGUUCCAGCUGGAGACCUGCCCUCUCACGACUGUGGACGCCCUGGUCCUGCGCUUCUUCCUGGAGUACCAGUGGUUCGUGGACUUUGCCGUGUACUCGGGCGGUGUGUACCUCUUCACGGAGGCCUACUACUACGUGCUGGGCCCAGCCAAGGAGACCAACAUCGCUGUGUUCUGGUGCCUGCUCACAGUGGCCUUCUCCAUCAAGGCGUUCCUGACGGUGACACGGCUGUACUUCAGCUCCGAGGAGGGGGGCGAGCGCUCUGUCUGCCUCACCUUUGCCUUCCUCUUCCUGCUGCUGGCCAUGCUGGUGCAGGUGGUGCGGGAGGAGACCCUCGAGCUGGGCCUGGAGCCUGGUGAUCUGUCUUUAACUCCCUGGCUGCUUUGUGAUUUCUUUGUUUUUGGUGUUCUGCAGUUUGACUCCAUUGUGUCUAGGCCUGGCCAGCAUGACCCAGAACUUGGAGCCACUUCUGAAGAAGCAAGGCUGGGACUGGGCGUGAGUCCUGGGCUCCCUGUGGCUAAGCUGGCUAUCCGCGUGGGGCUGGCGGUGGUGGGCUCUGUGCUGGGUGCCUUCCUCACCUUCCCAGGCCUGCGGCUGGCCCAGACCCAUCGGGAUGCACUGACCAUGUCAGAGGACCGGCCCAUGCUACAGUUCCUCCUGCACACCAGCUUCCUGUCUCCCCUGUUCAUCCUGUGGCUCUGGACAAAGCCCAUUGCACGGGACUUCCUGCACCAGCCACCCUUUGGGGAGACGCCCUUCUCCCUGCUGUCCGACUCUGCCUUUGACUCUGGGCGCCUCUGGUUGCUGGUGGUGCUGUGCCUGCUGAGGCUGGCGGUGACCCGGCCCCACCUGCAGGCCUACCUGUGCCUGGCCAAGGCCCGCGUGGAGCAGCUGCGAAGGGAGGCUGGCCGCAUCGAAGCCCGUGAAAUCCAGCGGAGGGUGGUCCGGGUCUACUGCUACGUGACUGUGGUGAGCUUGCAGUACCUGACGCCGCUCAUCCUCACCCUCAACUGUACGCUCCUGCUCAAGACAUUGGGAGGCUAUUCCUGGGGCCUGGGCCCAGCCCCUCUACUAUCCCCCGACCCAUCCUCAGCCAGCGCUGCCCCCAUCGGCCCCGAGGAGGAUGAGGUCCAGCAGACUGCAGCGCGGAUCGCUGCGGCCCUGGGCGGCCUGCUCACGCCCCUCUUCCUCCGCGGCGUCCUGGCCUACCUCAUCUGGUGGACAGCUGCCUGCCAGCUGCUGUCCAGCCUCUUCGGCCUCUACUUCCACCAGCACUUGGCGGGCUCCUAGCUGCCUGCAGACCCUCCUGGGGCCCUGAGGUUUGGUCCUGGGCCAGCAGGACAUGAGCCUACCCGCUGUAUGUGUGCCCCGGUGUCCCCAGCUGCAAGGUGAGGCCGGACUCCUCGCCGUCCCCUUCACCGCAGUGCCUGAGCCGCGGCCCCCCUUGGACGCCGAGUUUCUGCCUCAGAACUGUCUGUCCUGGACCCAGCAGCGGGAGGGUCCCGAGGCCAUUGUCUCCAAAGUGUGUGUGCCAGGUUUGAGUAACGGGGGUGCUGCUGGCUGCUCUUCUGAACAAAUAAAAGGAUCACACCGAUUUUUACAAA